UUCAGCAUUGAAGAAUCCUGAAGAGAACAUCAAAAGGGAUUUGAUGUCCCUACGCGUGUUGAGUAUCAACUGUUACCACUUCUCUUUUUAUAAAACCCUUCCGUUUCAUCAAGGAUUACUAGUUCGUUUAAGCUCUAGCUCCACUUCAACCACCACAGUCAUGUCGUAUCGUCCCAAUUCUCAAGGUGGUCGUAGGGGUGGCGGACCUGGUGGCGGACGCGGCGCUGGUGGUCGCAGAGGCGGUGGCGGCGGUGGUCGAGGCCGUGGUGGUGGUGAACAGAGAUGGUGGGAUCCUGUUUGGAGAGCUGAACGUCUUAGACAAAUGCAAGCUGAGAAUCCAGUUGAAGUCCUUGAUAAGAAUGAAAUGUGGGGUAAGAUGGAGGAAUUGAUAAACAGUAGUGAACAGGAGCUAAUUAUUAAGAAGAAUUAUGGGCGCGAUGGACAGCAAACUCUUUCCGAUAUGGCUUACCAGUUAAAUCUUUACUUAAAGUCAUGGUUACAAUAAAGGGAGGAUCUUGGUUGUCAGCAAAGUUCCGUUGCCUAUGUACAGGGCAGAUCUUGAUGAACGUCAUGGGUCAACACAGAAAGAGAUUCAAAUGUCUACGGAGACUGAAGAGAGAGUUCAAAAUCUUUUGAAUGGCUCAAAUGCAGUUCACAUUGAUGAUUCUUCUGCGUCUUCAAGUAGUCAUGGGUUGCAAACUUUGCCUUCUGUUAGUGCGGAUAGUGUACCAGUUGCGGAUAUUGCAAAGGAGAAAUUUAGUGCUGAACUCAAGGAUAAGCAGGAUAUAAUGAAGACAAAUGACAGAUUCAAAGCAAUGAGGUCUUUCAGGGAAAAACUACCCGCAUACAAAUUGAAAUCUGAAUUUUUGAAAGCUGUUGCGAAUAAUCAGGUGUUGGUAGUCUCAGGUGAGACUGGUUGUGGGAAAACCACACAGCUUCCCCAAUUUAUUCUAGAAGAAGAAGUAGCAUGUCUGCGGGGGGGAGAUUGCAACAUAGUAUGCACCCAACCAAGACGUAUAUCAGCUAUAUCUGUCUCAGCUCGAAUUUCUUCUGAAAGGGGUGAACAACUUGGAGAAACAGUUGGUUACCAGAUCCGUUUGGAAGCCAAACGCUCAGCACACACACGGCUUUUGUUUUGCACCACUGGGAUACUGCUGCGACAGUUGGUUCAGGAUCCAUCUUUAACCGGAGUCAGCCACUUACUGGUGGAUGAGAUCCAUGAAAGAGGCAUGAAUGAAGAUUUUCUCAUAAUUAUUUUGCGUGACCUUCUUCCUCGUCGCCCAGAUCUGCGUCUUAUUCUAAUGAGUGCUACCAUCAAUGCGGAUAUGUUCUCCAAGUACUUUGGAAAUGCACCAACCAUGCAUAUACCUGGAUUUACUUUUCCGGUUGAAGAGUUGUUUCUAGAAGAUGUGCUAGAGAAAUCACGCCUAAAUAUCAGUUCAAAGGACAGGUUUCCAGGAAAUGCACGUGGAAGGAGGAAGCAAACAGAUUCAAAGAAAGAUCCUCUGGUUGAGUUGUUUGAGGAAGUGGAAAUUGAUGCUCACUACAAAAAUUACAGCGCAAGUACUAGAUGUUCCCUUGCAGAGUGGUCCACUGAAAAGAUUGACCUGGAUCUUGUAGAAGCAACAAUUGAAUAUGUGUGUCGCCAUGAAGGCGGUGGAGCAAUUCUUGUAUUCUUAACUGGCUGGGACGAGAUAUCUAAAUUGUUGGAUAAAAUUAAAGCAAACACCCUUCUUGGAAAUUCAAGCAAGUUUCUUGUUCUUCCUCUGCAUGGUUCGAUGCCCACCGUCAAUCAGCGUGAGAUAUUUGAUAGACCUCCCAGUGGUGUGAGGAAAAUUGUUUUAGGAACAAAUAUUGCUGAGAGUAGUAUCACCAUAGAUGAUGUAGUUUACGUUGUGGACUGUGGAAAGGCGAAGGAAACCAGUUAUGAUGCUCUCAACAAGCUAGCUUGCCUAUUACCAACUUGGAUUUCAAAAGCCUCAGCGCAUCAGAGACGAGGACGUGCUGGGCGUGUUCAACCUGGAGUUUGUUAUAGGUUGUACCCUAAGAUGAUCUAUGAUGCUAUGCCCCAGUAUCAAUUGCCUGAGAUUUUGCGAACACCUUUGCAAGAAUUAUGCCUCCACAUUAAAAGCUUACAGCUUGGAUCCAUUGCAGCCUUUUUAGGAAAAGCACUUCAACCACCAGAGCCUCUCUCUGUUCAAAAUGCUGUUGAGCUACUCAAAACUAUUGGUGCUUUAGAUGAUGCUGAGGAACUCACGCCACUUGGUCGUCAUCUUUGUACUCUACCUUUGGAACCAAAUAUCGGAAAGAUGCUUCUUAUGGGGUCUAUCUUUCAGUGCCUGGAUCCCGCAUUAACGAUUGCUGCUGCUCUUGCUCAUCGUGAUCCAUUUAUUCUUCCUAUAGAUAGGAAAGAAGAAGCUGAUGCAGCAAAAAGAUCAUUUGCUGGCGACUCUUGCAGUGACCACAUUGCACUUCUGAAAGCAUUUGAUGGUUGGAAGGAUGCCAAACGUUCUGGAAGAGAGAGGGCAUACUGCUGGGAGAAUUUCUUAUCACCUCUAACCUUGCAGAUGAUGGAGGACAUGAGAAAACAGUUUCUGGACCUACUGUGUGACAUUGGUUUUGUGAACAAAUCUAAGGGUGCUAAGGCUUACAACAUCUACAGUGAUGAUUUAGAGAUGGUAUCUGCAAUUUUGUGUGCUGGGCUGUAUCCAAAUGUUGUGCAAUGUAAACGAAGAGGAAAAAGGACAGCAUUUUACACUAAAGAAGUAGGCAAAGUUGAUAUUCAUCCAGCAUCGGUUAAUGCUGGGAUAAACAGUUUCCCUCUGCCGUACAUGGUGUACAGUGAAAAAGUGAAGACAACCAGCAUUUACAUCAGAGAUUCUACUAAUAUAUCAGAUUAUGCCCUACUUCUUUUUGGAGGCAGUUUAAUUCCAACCAAGGCUGGGGAGGGAAUCGAGAUGCUUGAGGGAUACCUCUAUUUCUCAGCUGCAAAAAGGGUAUUAGACCUCAUAAAGAAGUUGAGAAAUGAACUCGAUAAGCUUCUUGUCCGGAAGAUUGAGGAGCCAGGGCUGGAUGUUUAUGCAGAGGGUAAAGGGGUUGUUGCUGCAGCCGUCGAGCUGUUGCGCAGCCGAUGCAUACAACGGUAGCUUUCAAGUCUGACAUCUACUACAAGACUUACAUUUUGGUACUUAACAUUGAACUUUCUGUAGACCGUUCCCAAAAUUUUGUACAGGUUUAGAGAGAGACAGUGAGAGCAAGCUUGUGCUUUUAUAGGCCAGUAGAUCGUAUCCAUGGUCAUUGGAUCAGACAGUUCCUCCUCAGAUUUAGCUGUUCUAUGAUCUGUUUGAUCAUACAAGAAAUAUAACCACUUUAUUUUUAAUCAUAUAUUAUUGAAAUUUGAAAA